GCUCUCUCUCUCUUUCUCUGUGGAACUCUCUAAUUAAACAAAACAUUAUUCUGUGUGCUUUCCAAAUCCAUCAAGAUAAUAAUACCAGGUGCUCCAAUGGCCCCGAGCCACCCUCUCUAAAUCCUCGCCUUUAUCUCCUCCAAUCAACGCUUUCAUCUGAUCCAAAUUAAUCUCUUCUUAUUUCCCAACUCCCCCUUGUUUAUGGAUUCCAUUGAAAUCAGUUUCUCCGCCGUCUUAUCCUGGAUUCCCUUUAAUAUUAUGAGUAAUACAUCUAUGUUUGAAGUUUGAAUUGAGAGACGAAAAUGGAGGAGAGUCAGAGUUAUCAGGGUGCAGAGAGGCAUGUGGUGUUUGGGAAGUAUGAAACCGGGAAGUUACUGGGGAAAGGGACCUUCGCGAAGGUCUACUACGGGAAAGAAAUGGCGUCCGGAGAUAGCGUGGCGAUAAAGGUGAUAAACAAGGACCAGGUGAAGAAAGAAGGAAUGAUGGAUCAGAUCCAGAGAGAGAUUUCGGUGAUGAGAAUGGUUCGUCACCCGAAUGUGGUGGAGCUCAAGGAGGUUAUGGCGACGAAGACGAAGAUCUUCUUCGUGAUGGAGUACGUCCGCGGCGGAGAGCUCUUCGCCAAGGUCGCGAGUGGGAAACUGAAGGAAGAUCAGGCCCGGAGGUACUUUCAGCAGCUGAUCUCCGCCGUCGAUUUCUGUCACAGCAGAGGCGUCUCCCACCGAGAUUUGAAGCCGGAGAAUCUCCUUCUCGACGAGAACGAGGAUCUCAAGAUCUCCGACUUCGGCCUCUCCGCCCUCCCCGAGCAGCUCCGCCACGACGGACUCCUCCACACCCAGUGUGGGACCCCUGCUUACGUCGCACCGGAGGUCCUCCGCAAAAAGGGCUACGACGGCUCCAAGGCCGAUAUCUGGUCGUGCGGCGUGAUAUUGUUCGUGCUUCUCGCCGGAUUUCUCCCCUUUCGCGAGGAGAAUCUGAUGAAGAUGUAUCGCAAGAUCUUCAAGGCCGAGUUCGAGUGCCCAAAGUGGUUCACCGCCGAAUCGAAGCGGCUAAUCUGCAAAUUGCUCGUCCCCGAUCCCGACCGGAGGAUCACAAUCCAGGCGAUCAUGCGCGUACCCUGGUUCUGCAAGGGAUUCUCGAGGCCUCCAUCGUUUUCGAUCCCCGAGUUACCUCCGGCCUCCGAAGACGUCGCCGGCGAUAAAACGGCGUCGUCUCCAAAAUUCUUCAACGCGUUCGAGCUGAUCUCGUCGAUGUCAUCCGGGUUCGACCUGUCGAGCCUGUUCGAGAGCAAGAAGAAGGCAGCGUCGAUGUUCACGUCGAGGUGCACGGCGAGCGCGGUCAUGGCGAAGCUGGAGAGCAUGGCGAAGGGGCUGAGGUUUAGGGUGGUGAGGAUGAAGGAUUUUCAGGUGAGGCUGCAGGGGAGGUCGGAGGGGAGAAAGGGGAGGUUGUCGGUGACGGCGGAGGUUUUCGAGGUGGCACCGGAGAUCUCCGUCGUGAAGUUCUCGAAGUCGGCCGGCGACACCUUGGAGUACGCCAAGUUCUGCGACGAGGACGUGAGGCCGGCGUUGAAGGACAUCGUUUGGACGUGGCAAGGUGACCAUGUUGACUGCAAUAAGUCAAAAGUAGUACUGGGCGGCGAAGAAUGUUAAAAAACCGCAACGAACGUCGCCGUCUUUACGGGGAAAGGAACGAAAGGAUCGAAACUAAUCGUAGUUUGGGUUCUCAAUCGGUUUUUACUUUGAUGUAAUUUUUGUUUUGGUAUCGGGGGGUAAAUAUUUGGUUACGUGCGAUUUUGUAUAUAAUAUGAUAGUCUGGACUCUGGGAUUAGGAUGUUUUAAAAAUCGGAUGGAACAGUUUUGAGCUGUUUGGGAUGUUUUUACUAACGCAUGAGUUUAAAAGUUAAGACUGCUUUGUUGUAGGCUCA